AGACUUCAGUUCAAUAUCUUUUUGUCGCCACCAUGAGAGAUGUUUCCGGGUACCUCAAACAGCAGCAAAGCAGUAGCACAACACCGGAGAAGGCGACGCAGUGGCACAGCCUGGAGGAAUUGCACAACAAAAGGUUGUGGCAUCAGCUUACACUGAGAUUGACAGACUUUGUUAAAGAUCCUUGUUUCAAAAAUGGAGAUGGUCUUAUACAGCUUUAUGAAAACUUCAUCUGUGACUUUGAACACAGGAUAAAUCCUUUGUCCCUUGUGGAGAUCAUUCUCCAUGUUGCCAGACAGAUGACAAAUCCUAAAGAUGCCAUCACUUUUCUUGAGAAGACCAAGGAAAAAGCAAACUGGCUAUCAUUCAAUCUGGCCCAGGUGAAAAGCAGUGAAGAAGCUGUCAUUCUCUGCAAGACAUCCAUCGGCAGUCUCAAGCUUGAAAUCAAUGAUCUGCCAGCAACGAAGAAACUAAUUGAGGAGGUUGAGGAAAUGUUGAAUAAUUUACCAGGUGUUACAUCGGUGCAUGGCAGGUUUUAUGACCUCUCAAGCAAAUAUUAUCGCAUCAUUGGAAACCACGCCUCCUAUUACAAGGACGCUCUGAGAUACCUUGGUUGUGUGGACACCAAAGACCUUCCAGAGACAGAGAAACAGGAAAGAGCCUUCACACUGGGAUUAGCCGGCCUUUUGGGAGAAGGCGUGUACAACUUUGGCGAACUGUUGAUGCACCCAGUGCUGGAGUCCCUGAGAAACACAGAUAAACAGUGGCUCAUUGACACAUUGUAUGCUUUCAAUGGAGGCAAUGUAGAAAAAUUCCAGGGCUUUAAGUCUGCAUGGGGCCAACAGCCUGACCUUGCAGCACAUGAAUCCAAACUGAUGCAGAAGAUCCAGCUCCUCUGUGUAAUGGAGAUGACUUUCACACGUCCAGCAAACCAUCGGCAGCUGACCUUUACUGAAAUUGCUCAGAGUGCCAAAAUCCCUGUUAAUGAGGUUGAACUUCUGGUGAUGAAGGCUCUGUCCGUUGGCCUUAUUAAAGGGAACAUUGAUGAGGUGGACAAGAAGGUGCAGAUGACUUGGGUGCAGCCAAGAGUCUUGGACUUGCAGCAAAUAAAAGGUAUGAAGGAGCGUUUGGACUUCUGGUGUGGAGAUGUUAAGAAUAUGGCCAUGCUAGUGGAACAACAAGCCCAUGACAUCCUCACCUAAGAUGGUUACCCUCCUCAAUUAAUGCCAUAUCCCUCCAUGUUCUUUUUUUUUUUUAUCCUCUUUUGGACUGCAUCCAUUGUUUUUGGCAUGUUUCAUAAUUAUAUUGCUGUUAUUAUCACUGUAUGGACAAACUGUCUCCCCUUCACCAAAAUAAAAUGAAAAUAAAAUCCA